AUGGAUGCGAUCCAAUGGUUCAAGAUUAAAUUUCUUGGGAGAGGAUCGUAUGGUACGGUCCACCUAGCAAAGUCCAGAAACAGGUAUGGUUCUUCUUGGUUAAUGGCAGUGAAGUCUGCGCCUAUUGAGCGCUCUUCUUCGCUGAUGAAGGAGGCGCAGAUUCUCCAAGAAUUCGUCAAUUGUCCUCAAGUUGUUCGUGGGUUGGGGUUUGAUGUCACCCUUGAAGGCGGCUUAUGGUUCUACAAUUUAUUUCUAGAGUAUGCACCGGGAGGCACUCUUCAUGAUUUAAUCCGAAGGAGUGGAGGAAAGUUGGAUGAACGUGACGUUAUAAAAUUUACUCGAAUGAUACUCAAAGGCCUUCGUUGCAUCCACGAAAAGGGUUACGUUCAUUGCGAUCUCAAGCCAGAGAACAUUCUUGUUUUCCCUUCUCCAGACGGCCGUGGAAGCAGCGUCAAGAUCACCGACUUUGGGCUGUCCAAGAUUCCCGGAGAUUUAAACGAGCUCGUGACAAAAAGGUACGAGUUCCGUGGAACACCGCUUUACAUGCCCCCAGAAUGUUUUCUAGUCGGUGAAAUCAAAGGUAGUUUGGAUAUAUGGUCUCUCGGUUGCGUCGUGGUUGAGAUGAUUACCGGAAAGCGAGUGUGGGAUUGGACAGGCGGCGUGGGUGGUUUGACGGCUCAACUUAUUACGGAGGCGCCCAAAAUACCUGAAACCAUGUCCGAGAUUGGGAAGGAUUUCUUGCGGAAGUGUUUUACAAGGGACUCAAGUGACAGGUGGACCGCAGAGAUGCUACUGCGUCAUCCGUUUAUCCUUGAGACUGAUCAAGGUCCGCCGCCAUCUACAAGAGCUGGCCUUGGUUUUUCUGUACCAUCAAAGAACCUGCCUCCUCUUCCUCAUGGGUUUUCUUCCAGAAGAAUCCUUGCAUAA